AUGUGUCGCCUCGUGCUCUUCGCGGGCACCUGCACCCGCUGCAACGAGUCCCUCACCUGGGCCGACCUCUCGCAGGAGCUGUCGUGUCUCGAGGCCAAGAACGCCGACAGCUUCGGCUCGUGCCGCCGCGGCGUCGACGUCGAGACGCACGCCUUCGACCAGGAGUGCGACGCCUGCGCCGGCGAGGACGAGGGUGUCGCCGGCAUGGACUUUGGAGACCAGGAGCACCAGCAAUAUCAACAGCAGUACCAACAGGCGGCAUCGGCGUCGGCACCAAUAGCGCAGAGCUCGAGCAAGCGAGGCGCCGGCGCCGGCGGUGGCAGGGAAGACGGAGAGGGGAGGUCGAAGAAGAGAGCGAGGACAUGA